CAUCGAUGUCAUCCAGCGGUCCCGACGUCAAGACGUAUGACUUGUCGUUUUUAGCUAUAAAUAGUGAACGGUCCCGUGCUAGCCUUGUUGACAAAGUUCCUUUGUCAUCCCGGCCUUAGCAAAGCCUCGACUUUGCCAAUCUAGCGGGGUUGUUGUUGUACGGAUCAUGGUUCACCCAGGUCAAACUCACCAUAACUCAGCAACCUCCGAGUCCCCCAAGACAGAAGGCGCCGUGGCACAUGAAGCACCUGAGGAACUGAAGGACGGCAGAUCGGAGGCUGCAGAAAAGCCAUACAGCAUAUACACUCGCCGGGAAAAAUGGUUCAUUGUAGUGGUCGCCUCUUUGGCUGCAUUAUUUAGCCCGCUGACUGCAAAUGUGUACUUUCCUGCAAUACCGACAAUUGCUUCAGCUUUUCACACGUCUAUAGAAUCAAUAAAUUUGAGCGUGACUGUCUACAUGGUCCUUCAAGGCGUCUCUCCUAUGUUCUGGGGAACCAUGGCGGACCGCAUUGGGCGACGUCCUGUUUUUCUCGCAUGUCUCCUUGUCCUGUGUUUAUCUUGUAUCGGCUUGGCUUUGGUCCCGACUUCAGCGUACUGGUUAUUGAUGCUCUUGCGAUGCAUCCAGGCCGCCGGUUCUGCCAGUACAGUUGCGCUGGGUGCUGGGGUAAUCGGAGAUAUAGCCACUCCCGCAGAACGCGGAGGAUUUUUUGGCCUAUUUACCGUGGGACCACAAGUUGGACCUGCUAUUGGACCUAUUAUCGGCGGUGUCCUUGCUGAUACACUCGGAUGGAGGUCUAUCUUCUGGUUUCUAUGUAUUAUGUCCGCCGCGUGCUUCGCUCUCAUGCUCAUGUUCCUACCUGAAACACUCCGCCGGCUGGUGGGCGAUGGUAGUGUGAUACCGUCCCCUUUCUACCGUCCCCUCGUACCGCUUGUUGGGAAAGGACGUGUGAAUCGUGAUGCCCCAAAGCCUCCGAAGCGCACAUUGAAUAAUCCACUACGGCUCUUCUUCUACCUGGACGUUCUGAACCUUCUCGUCUUCAAUGCAAUUUUAUACGCCGUCUUCUAUGCGGUGAAUACCACGAUAUCCACGCUAUUCGCAACCAGGUACCCGUUCCUGAACGAAAUAGAUAUAGGAUUAUGUUUCCUGGCGAUUGGUGGGGGGAUGACCAUUGGCACUUUUGUAUCCGGCAAGAUGCUAGAUGUUGAUUAUCAAAGAACUAAGACACGGCUCGUGAAGAAGGCUGAGGAAGAUCCUGAGAAGCGCAUACGACCCGAGGACGUGACCAAGGAGGAGAAUUUCCCAAUAGAAAGAGCCAGACUGAGGAUGGUACCCAUAUUUACCGCCAUUUUUGUCUUGACGUGCGCUGGUUAUGGAUGGUCGCUUGAGCGAAAGACAAAUAUCGCAGUUCCGCUGAUCCUACAGAUUAUAUUUGGUUAUACUGUCACCGCUAUUAUGAUCAGUGUGCAGACGCUACUCAUUGAUUUACUACCAUCACAGAGUUCUUCAAUUACGGCAUGUAAUAAUUUAGUGCGAUGUUCCUUGGGUGCUUUAAUGGUCUCGGUCAUAGACCUGAUCGUCAGCGCGAUAGGUGCUGGUUGGACCUACGUACUGCUUGCGGGUGUAUGCCUGGCGUGCUCUUCAAUGAUCUGGGUUGCAAUUCGGAUAGGUCCACGCUGUCGUGCAAAGCGACGGGCCCGCAGUAUUGCGGCUUGAUUAUGGUGUAUGGUGCAUACAGAAAGGAGGUUACGGGCAGUGCAAGUAGAAUAUAUGCUACAAUACUUGGUGCAAAAAAGUGACAUCAAGAAACAUGCGGAACGCGUGACCUGCAGAGA